GCCUGGAUUCACACACUGCUGCUGGCCACCAGCCAGCACACACACUAGACCGCUAACGCCAAUGAGCUCCCAUGUGUUCGUUCGGCCAUGCUCCCCGGGUAUGGAUUCUCACCUUUUCCUGAUUUCCAGCCCCACCUUCACGCUUUUCGCUGCCGAGGAGAGAGUCCCAGCAUGUGGAUCCCUGGCUCAGGAGAGUCCCAGGCUCUGAGCGAGGCCCAGGACGACAGGCCUCUCCUCCACCCGUGCCAUCACAAGCAUGUCGCCGUGUGCCAGCAGGAAACCCUGGCUUUUAUUGAGCUCCAACCACCAGUGACUCCUAAACUGAACGGCCUGGGCUCUCCGAGGCCAGCUGUUGUUCCAGAUGCACAAUAUAAAACACACUCGCUGCCACUGAAUGGUUUCAGACACACGCUGAAUGAACUGAAUGACAUGCAGAACGGCUGCCACAGGACAGACAAUGAACAUGAAACACUGACUUUGAACUCUCAUACAGCUGCUGCUGAUGGAGAGCGUGAACGCCACAAUGGGACUGAAAAGCCACGAACCGUCACCACAGUAUGUCGUCCUCUCCACGCAGCUCUGAGCCUCCCUCUGUCGUUCCCUCUGUCCUCUCUGUACACAAACACAGACUCGUGGGAAUCUCAGUUACCUUCCUCACCUGAAGGUCCUGAGUUUCAGAGCCCGGGCUCCCGCCGGCCACAGAGGAGGACAUCACAAGGUUCACUGAAGGAGAAGUCAAUCCGGCGAAAGAUGCAGGUUUAUUCUCCCGACAGCCCGAGCGAUGAAUCUCUCGGCAGCCCGAUCUUGGAUGCAGACUACAUCUUCCCUGGACCCUUUGCAUCUUUCCUGGAGGAGGACCUCAGUGGAUUAUCUUCCCUGGAGGCCAUUUCGAGUCCGUCAUCCACUGACGGCACCGCAGAUGACAUUUUUAAUCUGCCUGCAGAACCACUGCAGAUAAUUGAGGACUCGAUACUGGGGGCGAGGGAGGACGGCGGGAGCGUGGAGACGUCCAGUGCCGCAGGGGGGAGCUGUUUGUCACGCGGCCGUCAGGGGGACCAGGAGCGGCGGCGCUUCUCGGCCUCGGAGCUCAUCUCCAGACUUCAGCUGUCUCAGAGGAAGAACUCCUUCACCCUGAAGCUGGGGAAGUCUCUGUCGGCUCGGGUGGCCUCCAGGGACAGACAGAGCUCCAACAGCCUCAGCCCCAACCCUGACUAUAAGAACAACUCUAAGCACCGCAGCUCAGGAGGCUCUAGUGAUAGCGCCCCCCACAGUCCUGUAGGACCCGCGCCUCCUCUGCCCAGCAGUGACAGUGGGAUGCCUCUGCAUCGGUGGAGCACAAAACUCGGCAUGAGAAAGAAAUCCAUAGAAGAAGACUUCAGCACGCUUCCAACUGUUGGAAGCUCCAAUCGCUUGUCAAGGUUUCUGCCUAGUUCGAUUCUGUACCAGGAAUACAGUGACGUCGCCAUCAACAGAGAGAUCCAGAGGCAACAAGGGAAGGAGCCGGGCACAGAGGAGGAGGGGCUGAGGGACGAGGGGUCCGACGGGACGCCGUCUCCAUCGAAUCUGUCUCCAUCCAGCUCCUUUCGCUCCUCCCGAGGUUCCGCCUUCGCGCUGUGGCAGGACAUACCUGACGUUCGAACCAGCGGGCAGCUCGACAACUUCAGCAACGAGGAGAGGAAGUUACAGGAGGCAAAGUUUGAGCUGGUGACUUCUGAAGCGUCGUACAUCCGCAGCUUGACCAUCGCCGUGGACCACUUCAUGUUGUCGCAGGAGCUCGCCGACUGUCUCGGAGCUCAGGAUAAGCAGUGGCUCUUCUCCAAGCUGCCUGAGGUCAAAGACGUCAGUGAGAGGUUUCUUCAGGACCUGGAACACAGACUGGAGGAAGACAUCCUGCGUUUCGAUGUGUGUGACAUUGUCCUGAAUCACUGCCCGGCUCUGAGAAGGGUUUAUUUACCUUACGUGACCAACCAGGCUUACCAGGAGCAGACAUACCAGCGUUUGCUGCACGACAACCCUCGUUUCCCCGGCAUCCUGGCUCGUUUGGAGGAGGACCCCAUCUGCCAAAGACUUCCUCUGACCUCUUUUCUAAUCCUCCCAUUUCAGAGGAUCACACGGCUUAAAAUGCUGGUGGAGAAUAUCUUGAAGAGGACGACGCCGGGCUCUCGGGAUGAGGACACCGCCACGAAAGCUUUCAACGAGCUGAAAAAGAUCAUCAAAGAAUGUAACUCCAGUGUGCAGUCAAUGAAGAGGAUGGAGGAACUUAUUCACCUCAAUAAGAAAAUUCAUUUUGAGGGAAAGAUCUUCCCUCUGAUCUCUCAGUCCCGCUGGCUGGUGAAACACGGCGAACUCCUGGAGGUCGACACUCAGACCAUGAGUAUCUCUGGAUCGAAGCUGAAGUUACCCACCAAGCCCGUGUACCUCCACCUGUUCAAUGACUGUCUCCUGCUGUCCAGGAGGAAGGAUACUUGGAAGUUCAUGGUGUUCGUACACGCCAAGAUAGGAGAGCUGAAAGUGAAGGAUCUCAGUCAGAAGCUGCAGGGCAUCUCAGGAUUCAUCUUCCACCUGCAGCUGUGUGAAGGCCAGCAGCUCAAACACCAGAUCCUGCUCAAAUCACACACCGAGAGCGGGAAGCAGAGAUGGAUCACAGCGAUGUUUCCGUCUGAUCCUCUCGAAGACAUCGAGCAGGCCAGUGAGAACGACGACAUUUCCCAAGUUCAGUGCAUCAAAAGCUAUCAGGCCCAAGAGCACGACGAGCUAACGCUGGAUAAGGCCGACAUCCUCCACGCUAAGACCAUGACGAGUGACGGCUGGGUGGAGGGCAUCAGACUGUCAGACGGGGAGCGGGGCUGGUUCCCCAAAACCUACGUGGAGGAAAUCACGAGUCGCAGCGCACGCCUCCGAAACCUCCGGGAAAACAUCCGCAUCAAAUGUGUCACACAGAAACUGCAGGGAGAGGACUGACCACUUCUCCUGAAGGUGCAUUUCAGUUAGCUAAGUUUCAUUAUUAAGCUUCUGGAUCAUUGUUUUGAUUUUAGAUGGAUGG